AUGGGACGGCAAACUUCGGCGACCCCAAGCGUAGCGGGCGAACAACGGAAAGGGAUAAAGCUACCUAACCCAGACCUAUGGAGAGGAGAUCGGAACAAGUUAACCGCCUUUCUGUCUGAGUGCGACGUACACUUCGAAUUGAACUCUCAUCUUUUCCCCGACGACACUAAGAAAGUCUUUUUCAUGAUCUCUCAUCUACGCGAAACACCUCUUCUUGCAGUGCAGCCCGAUCUAUCCAAAAGACCUCUUCCUGAGUACCUCACGACACACGAUCAGUUCGUUAAGUACCUCAAGACUAACUUUGGUGAUCCAGACGAAGAAGGAACUGCGGCCCGACAACUUAACGACCUCAAGCAAACCGGGUCUGCUUCGGACUACUUCUCCGCCUUUCAGCGACAUGUUGCGAUUCUCAAGUGGUCUGAUGAUGGAAACCUAGUUGACCGAGCCAAGAAAGGACUAAAAUCGCACCUUCUAGAUGAAAUCGCAAGACACGGUAGAUCGUUUGGGACUGUAAAAGAGCUAUUGGAGUUUGUGAUUCCCUUGGACAACCGCCUGUGGAGGAGACAAGUGGAGAAGGAGGCAGAGAGGAAAAGGGAAGGAGGGAUAAGGACAACGACAGUGGUGGAAAGUCAGAGGACGGAGAAGAAAGAAGAGAAGAAAUGGGAAAAGGGGCAACCUUCGGCGCAGGGUGGUGCCCAGGCGGCUAUGAGGUCGACGGUGGUAAAGAAUCAACCUAAAUCGGACAUUUUCAUUAAUGGAAUGAAGCUAACUACGCUCUGGGACACCGGGGCUACUUGUUCAUAUAUAAGUCCUAGAGCGGCGACGAAGAUAGGCGCAGAAAGGAGACAAUAUCAGGUGAGCGUACCCGUUCACAUGUUCGACGGCUCGGUGAGUGUCGCUGGACCCAUCACCGAGUUUGUCGAAGUCGGAUUUAGUUUGACGAAGGACGCCGAAGUGCGAUCUGUUUGUCUCGAUGUAACAACCCUCUGCGACGCAGAUGUUGUGAUAGGGUGGGAUUGGAUGAGGAAGGAAGGGGUUGUCCUUGAUGGAAGAGACAACUCGGUGAAAUUUCCCAUCCCAACCCCACCAAGUGCGGCGAAGUUAGCGGCCAUAGGGCUGCCGACUCUGACGGACGCGAUAGACCGCCGCGGCGAAGAUGAGCUUGAAGAGCUGAGCCCGGAGGAACAAGACGAGUUGUUCCAGGUAGUUCCUGAACAAUACCACCAGUACAUUGACGUUUUUAAUCCGAAGAAGGGAGGAGAGACCCUUCCCCCUUCAAGGUCCUACGAUUUGAAGUUUGAGCUUAAGGAGGGGGCGAACCUUAAGGUCGCCUCCCUCUAUGCUCAAGGAGAAGAUCAGAGACGCGCGCUGAGAGACAUACUAGAUCGCGAAAUCGCCGCUGGCCGAAUUCGGGCAAGUAACUCGCCAUACGGCUCACCAAUGUUUAUGAUACCGAAGAAAGCCGAAGGACAGUGGCGAAUGGUCAUCGACUAUCGAAAACUGAACGAAGCGACCAUACCAGAUGCCUACCCUCUCCCUCUAAUAGGUCAAAUUACCGAAGAACUUGGAAAAGCAAGGUAUUUCAGCAAACUAGAUCUAAUUGGAGCAUACCAAUUGUUGAGGGUGACAGAGGGACAUGAACACCUGACGGCGUUCAGGACACAGUAUGGUAUGUUUGAAUCUCUGGUUGUUCGUGAUGGGCUGCGAAACGCCCCCGCGGUCUUCCAACACUUCCUAAAUGAGGUGUUUAGAGAGCUACUAGGGAAUGGAGUCGUGGUCUACAUUGACGAUAUCCUCAUUUAUGGGAAUACGUUGGAGGAAUUACGAGGAACUACGGCGAAGGUCUUUGAGGUACUGCGGAAGGCGAGCCUGUACGUGAAAGCUAGUAAGUGCGAGUUCGAAAGAGAUUCGGUGGUGUUUCUGGGUUUCGUGGUAUCCUCUAAAGGUGUAUCGGUGAACCCAGAAUACAUUGAUGCCAUCACUUCUUUCCCACGUCCUAAGAAUCUACGAGAGUCAAGGGGAUUCAUUGGAGUUGUAAGCUACUACAGGCGCUUUGUCCCCAACUUCUCGAAGAUUGCUAGACCUAUCAAUGACUUGACAAGGAAGGAGGUACCAUUUGUAUGGGGAGUCGAACAGGAGUCAGCCUUCAAAGAGUUGAAGGCUAGGAUGUGUACUGCGCCGGUGUUAGCCCAUUUUGACCCUACAUUGAAGACGAUAUUACAGACAGAUGCGUCGUUCUUCGGCUGGGGGUUCAUAAUUUCGCAGAUCAACACGGCUGGUCAAGAACACCCGGUAGCUAUUGAGUCUGGUGCUUUCAACACAGCUCAACUGAAUUAUACGGUAGGAGAAAAGGAGUUCCUCGCUGUAGUGGAGGGUUUCAGAAGAAGGAGACACUUAUUAUUGCAGGUGGAAACCACAGUACUUACCGACCAUCUAAACCUUACCUACUGGAUGGAACCGAAACAACUCAGUCCUCGGCAAGGUAGGUGGGUAGAGGAGCUAGCUAACUUCAGGUUUAAAAUGGUUUAUCGGCCAGGAACCCAGGCAAGUCUUCCAGAUGGAUUAUCUAGACGGGCGGACUAUCAUUCCGGGAAAGGAAGUACCAUGGUACAAGAGAGCAACCUUAUCCAAGGUCUGCCGAAGUUCGACGAAGUUGACGCCACCACGUCGGAGUUGCGUCACCUCCUUCGAGCAUUGCAAGGGACAAGGGAGGAACCAGGAUCAAUCACCGAACUACGCCGUAGUUCGCGGUCUCCUCUAAUCCUUCGUGGGGGGUGGAACUCAAGAGGUUUCCUCACAUUCGACGAUCGCAUUUAUGUGCCGAACUACGCCGAUGCUCGGCUGAAGAUCAUGAAGAUGCGACAUGACUCAGCCUUGGCCGGUCAUCCAGGUUCGGCGAAGACUCUUGAACUAGUCCUGAGGGAUUAUGUCUGGGUUGGAGUAAGGAAGGAUGUCGAAGAUUAUGUUGCUGGAUGCGCGGUAUGUCAGAGAGCGAAGACUAACAGACAGAAACCUCAUGGGGAGCUUAAACCACUGGAGGUAGCUACGAAACCUUGGUCUAGCAUCUCGAUGGAUUUUAUCGAGGAGCUGCCAAAUUCCCAUGGAUAUAAUUCCAUCCUGGUAGUGGUGGAUCGGUUGACCAAAUGGGCCAUUUUUAUCCCGACUACGACGAAGUUAACCGCAGCCGGCCUAUCAGAGUUGAUAUUGGACUAUGUGGUGGCCCAGCAUGGGUUGCCAGAGAAUAUAGUAUCGGACAGGGGAUCGAAGUUUACCUCCAAGUUCUGGAAGAAUUUGACCGAUAGUCUCGGAAUAAGACUACAUCUCUCUACUGCAUAUCAUCCACAGACUGACGGACAGACCGAACGAACCAACCAGUCUUUGGAACUGUAUCUUCGAAUCUUCACCUCCUAUCAGCAGAACGACUGGUCAAAGCUACUCGCUCGAGCUAGCUUUGCUUACAACAACACCCAGCACUCUGCGAUAAACAAAACCCCAUUCUAUGCGAACUAUGGAUAUCACCCUCGUUGGGCUGAAGAGAUAAAGGCUAGCGAGGUCGAAGUGCCCGCUGCUACGGUGGUGGUAAAAGAUUUGACUGAAAUACACAAAGAUUGUAUCGAAGGAAUUGAGAAAGCUAAUGAGAAGUACGCCGAAGGAUACAAUAGGAAACACCGGACUACGCCGAACUUCGCGGAAGGAGACCUAGUGAUGCUGUCGUUAGAGAAUAUUAAGACGAAGAGACCAAUGAAGAAGUUAGAUGUUAAGCAAAGUGGGCCGUACAAGGUAGUACGGCAGGUAGGUUCUCAUGCUUGUAAAUUGGAAUUACCAGGAACGAUGGCAGGUAUCCAUGAUGUAUUCCAUGUCUCCUUGCUCCGUCCUUAUCACCCUCCAAUAUUUCCUGGUCAGCAAGCGGAGCCACCUGGGCCAGUAGAAGUAGACAAUGUGGGAGAGUCUUGGGAGGUAAAGGAUAUUGUGGACUCUAGAGUAAAUAAGAGGUCAGGAAAGUUAGAGUACUUGGUGGAGUGGUUAGGUUACGAAGGAACAGACGAUUCAGUAUCAUGGGAACCAGUGGAGAACGUCGAUGGAGCUGAUGACAUAUUGGCGAAGUUCCACGAGCUUCACCCUACUAAGCCGAAAGAAGGGCGACUGCGAAGGACUAGGAGAUAG